CUGGCGGCACUGACUGGCACAACCCCUGGGCACUUACUGGUGGCACUGACUGUAGCACUGCUGGGCUGCACUGGUGGGUGGCACUGGUGGGCAGCACUGGUGGGUGGGCACAGGUGGGUGGGCACAGGUGGGUGGCACUGGUGGGCACAGGUGGGUGGGCACAGGUGGGUGGAACUUCUGGGCACAGGUAGAGUGGCACAGGUGGGUGCACUGCUGGGCACAGGUGGGUGCACUGCUGGGCACAGGUGGGUGAUCUGCUGGGCACAGGUGGGC